UUUCUUACUUACAGGGUAAACUUGCUGCCAGUUUUGCUCCUCCAAAUGUCUUGUACUUUACUCGCAAUUAAAUCAACGGUAUUUGUGUUGUUUACGGUGUGCAUCAUCACGAAUUAGCAGAGCAUUAACCGGAUAGGCUGAUCUAUUUAUAUCACAACACAUCUGAAGCUCAUUUUUAGGCGAUCAUUUUCGGAUAAUUUCACGGUUUACGCUGAUAUUGUUCGAUUGGGAUACUCGCCGCCAAUACAAUACCAAACUCCGUAAACUGGCUUCAACUUUAAAUCCCUCAUAGUCUACAUUACGGUAUGUUUUGUACAUCUAGGUACAAACACUGUCUUCACCACGCCUUUCAAAAACAUUACCGCUGUCUAGACAUAUUUAUUUCAUGCGCGACACGCAAUCUUAGGAACUUGAUCAAACUGUAGGUUUGCUCUCUGUUUGUAGGAAGUGAGUUAGAAUUUAACUCAAAGUUCCUUCGGCGUCUGUUUAUACGCUUGCAUGGAACAGUUACAUUCUCUUGUGGACCUAGAGACAAUGCUGGGGAAGUGAAACCCGAGUUUCAAAUGUCUCACUUCCGUAUAUUCUUGCUUUGCAGCGUGUACUUCAUAAACCUCUACUUAGACUCUUUGCUGUGCUGCUGAGGAACAUAUGUUGUUCUGGAAGUGAAUGCCUUCGGUUUCAAGUCCAUGAAGUCUAGAUUCAAAAUAUAAAAUGGCAAGGAAAAAUCCGGUUUUUGACACGAUGAAUGCCCUAAAUUGCCUUCUCCCGACGAUGAUCAUCAUAUGUUGCUUGAUGCCGGGACCGCACAAUUGCGUAGCUUUGCCGAGGAAGACUUCCUGCCAUGUGCAUGACAGCAUAGCUGACUGCAGCCACCUCAGCCUCAGUGCGGUCCCUCAAAACCUUCCCAGCAACAUCAUCAGCCUAGAUUUGUCUCACAACAGAUUGAAAAGCAUCCCCCCUGUGUCUCUAUCCCCAUACCCGGGCCUCUGCCGUCUCAGUGUCAGUUACAACAGUAUCACCAGGCUGGAUCCGGGACUGUGCCAGGCACUGCCUCUGCUGCAGACACUGAACAUGGGACACAAUCAAGUGCAUGUGCUGAAGAAGGAGGACGUGAAUCAUUGCACCAAUCUAACAUGGUUGAUUAUGGCUAGUAAUAAGCUAAAGCUACAAGGAGAUCCCUUCUCUGCACUACAGAGACUUCAAGUCCUUGAUGUGUCCUUAAACAAACUGCAGUCAGCCAAGCUCGGCACUCAGAUUCAGCUGCCCAACCUCGUGAGCCUCAAUCUGGCUUUAAAUGACUUCACUACUCUGAAGAAAGACGACUUUUUAUUUCUUAACAAUUCAUCCUCUCUACUUGUCCUCAACAUGUCAUGUGUGCCUCUAAAAACGUUGGAGCCUGGCAGCUUUAAACCCAUUUCAGGCCUACGUACUUUAAUCAUGGAUGGAAGCAAUAUGGACACACUAGGUUUUUCUGAACUCUGCUCAGAGUUGUCAGCGACCACUAUUGAGGCCCUGUAUCUCCGGAAGAUGAAGCUGGCAAAACUCACAAACGCAACCUUUAAAGCGCUACAGAAAACAAAUCUAACCUAUUUGGAUAUGUCCCAUAAUGACAUGGUUAACAUUGAAAAUGACUCAUUUCUAUGGCUGUCCAGGCUUCAGACCCUUGUUUUGUCUGACAACAAGAUUAAGCAACUAAACAAGAACACAUUUCAGGGCCUCAAAAGUUUGAAAAAACUCCAAAUGACAAAAGCUUUUGUGAAAAAAGACGCCCCAACUAUCGGAGAUUUCUCCUUCCAACCCUUAAGUGCCCUGGAGAGUUUGAUAUUACAGAGAACAGCAGCUCAAGAAAUCACAGAGCACACAUUUACAGGCUUGACAAGUCUUAAAGAACUCGAUAUGAGCUGGAGUAGCUAUAGCUCGCUCAGAAACAUAAACAACAAGACCUUAGUCUCACUGGCGGGGUCGCCUCUCAGAAGGCUAAAUCUCACCGGAACAGCUAUUGCACAGAUUGAUCCUCAAAGCUUCUCUGUCUUGAGAAACCUCACCACGCUUCUCCUAGAUUACAACUUUAUCAAGCAAAUUCUAACUGGGAAGGAGUUUGAAGGCUUGGAUCAAGUUGAAGAGAUUUACAUGUCGAAUAACCAGCAGACAGUCAAUCUAAAGUCCACGUCUUUUGUUAACGUGCCCAACCUUAGAGUCCUGACUUUGAGAAAAAGUCUUAAGGCCGAAGCUGUGAACCUGGAUCCCUCUCCAUUCAGCCCCCUGACCAACCUCACUUUCCUGGAUCUCAGCAACAACAACAUUGCUAAUAUCAGAGAAGAUAUGUUGAAGGGUCUUGCAAAACUGAAAGUGUUGAAGCUCCAGCACAAUAACAUAGCCCGUUUGUGGAAGAGUGCCAACCUUGGUGGGCCAGUGUUGUUCCUUAAACACACACCCAGGUUGGUAACUCUUCAGAUGGAUAGUAACGGGCUCGAUGAGAUACCAGCAGAGGCUCUAAGAGGGUUGGGUAACCUCCGUAACCUCAACCUGUCCUCCAACCUUUUUAAUCGUCUUAAGGACACAAUUUUUGAUGAUCUGGACUCACUGCGGGUUUUAAAUUUACAGAAGAAUCUGAUCACAGCUGUGAGACCAGAAGUGUUCAAAACUCCUCUGGCCAACCUCAGCCUGCUUGUCAUGGACAAAAAUCCAUUUGACUGUACCUGUGAGACCAUGCUGUGGUUUGUGACAUGGUUAAAUAAAACAAAUAUGACCCAUGUGCCGGGUCUCAGGGACCAGUAUCUGUGCAACACUCCACUAGCUUACUUUAACCGCUCCAUCAUGGAGUUUGACCCCCUUUCUUGCAAAGACAUGACUCCAUUUCAGACCCUAUACAUACUGAGCAGCACUGCUGUCGUCAUGCUGAUGGUUACUGCAUUUGUGGUGCGGUACCAAGGCUGGAGGAUUCUGUUUUAUUGGAACAUAUUGAUCAAUCGCACAUUAGGAUUUAGCAAUGCCCACGUUGCAGAGGGCCGGGAAUUUAAGUAUGAUGCUUACAUCAUACAUGCAGAGCAAGACAGCAGCUGGGUGGAGAGGAGACUUUCCCCUUUAGAGAAUGACAAGUGCAAGUUUUGUUUGGAGGACCGAGAUUCACUGCCAGGUAUGUCACAGCCUGCCUCAAUCUUGGAUAAUAUGAAAAAGUCCAGAAAAAUCUUGUUUGUCGUCACUGAAACCCUUCUCAGAGACCCCUGGUGUACAAGAUUUAUCGCCCAACAUGCAAUUCACCGGGACAUUGAAGCCAACAGGGACUCUGUGAUUCUGGUCUUCCUGCAGGAUGUUCACGACUACAAGUUAUCCCGAUCACUCUACCUCCGCAGGGGCAUGUUGCGUCCAUGCUGCAUUUUGAUUGGCCUGUCCAUAAGGAGAGAGUGCCGGCCUUUCAUCAGAAGCUCCUGAUGGCACUUGGCAUGACUAAUCGAUUGAUGGACUGAAUAUAUUUCAUUGGGAGGAAUGGGAAAUUCCAUCUUGAAUAUUAGUUCCUAGUAUGUGUUCAGCGAUUAUGAAUUGCAAUCUGAAUUUGCCCCCUUGUAUAUACACUUAAAUGUAUAUGUAUUUUGAUUGCACUGCAGCUUUACAUUAACAACAAUUAUUCAAAUGGUUUAAGUGAAAAGUGGGGUUCUGUGUGAUCGCCAUAAUGUUGUUUUAAAAAAGCUUUAGCUUAACAGUUACAUUUUUAUACCCAUUCUAUUAAGAAAUGUCCUUCUUGUCAUUUAAAAUAGAAAAGGCAAUACUAUUCCAUGUUGUUUUCAUGAACUUUUCCAUUUAUAAAGUGUUUGCUAAAAGGUUGGCUCAAGUCCAAUAAAUGCUUUAAAAAUAA